AAUCAAUCAAAUAAUUAUGAUAUAAAGGAAUUUCUGAUAUAAUAAAUAUUUUGUAAAUAAAAUAAAUUAAUUUGUACAUUUUUAUUUUCAGCCUCUAUGUCUGCAUACAGCGCGAUCCCCUGUGCAAUCUUUUUGCCCAUGAUAGCAUUUCGAUUCGGACGAAAAAUCUGUUUAAUAUUAGUUGGUCUUGAUAUAUUGAUUGCGAAUAUAAUUUUCUAUUGUAGUACAGGUAUCAUACAACUUAUUAUCAGUCAAGCUUCGCUAGGUAUACAUACAGCUUCAUUAUUGUCAAUCACAGUUAUGGUUAUGUCUGAGUACACUUCGCCUAAAUACAGAGGUAUUUUUUUGACACUCAAGGCAGCUACCUUUUUUUGGGGCAUCUGGGUCUCAAAUGCGAUAGGAACUUUCUUUCACUGGAAAAAUAUAGGCAUUUUAAUUUUUGUUUGUGACACUUACAAUUUAAUAUCAUUCUUCUUCUUUUGUGAGUCACCGUACUGGUUGGCGACAAAAGGACGUUUUGAUGAGUGUACAGAAGUUCACCGAUGGCUAAAAGGUACAAAUGAAGAUUCCGAAAAUGAACUAGACAAGCUAAUUGUAUCACAAAAAGACCAUUUAAAUUUGAAAAAAAAUGCCUUCAGUAAGCAAACGAAACACGGUCAUAUUAUUAAAUUUUUAAAAGUUAUAAUAAGUAAGGAAUUUUAUAAGCCUCUUGUAUUUGCAAGCUUGCCAGUAUUUUUGUAUUACUUUUCAGGUAAAAUAGCUUGCGCAGUUUACGCUUUAGACAUUAUUAAAAAAAUCACAUCUAGUGAACAAAUGGCAUAUGAGGGUAUGCUAAUUUUGGACGGAGUGACGGUGGUAGGAAUGUACAUAGGUUGUGCAAUAUGUAGAUUUAUAUCACGACGAAAACAAUUAAUAUUAUUUUCUUCGGCUGGAGUCAGUUUUCUUUAUAUAUUGUCAAUUUAUUUAUAUUUGAUUAAAUUCAAUACUAUUUCUGGAAAUUAUUAUGUGUCCUUGUUUCUAUUAAUGGGAUUUUCAAUAAGCAUUUGUUGUGGACCUAUAAUCCUUGCGGCAGCUUGUUCCGCAGAGUUAGCGCCAUUGCGAUAUAGGAGUUACUUUGUGUGCUGUCUUGCAAUUUUAACUAAUACGGUGUUGGCAACGACACUCAAAAUUUCACCGUUUCUUUUCAAAAAUUUUGGUAUGCACGGGACUUUUCUUUUUUACGGUAUAUCAGCAAACGUAUUUCUUUGUAUAAUAUAUAAAUAUAUGCCCGAAACGAAAGACAAAACUAUCCAGGAAAUACAAGAAUCAAUAACUGGUGUCAGUAAGAAUCCUUUAGGUAAAAUUGAACUCCUUCCUUUACAGAAACCAAAGUAUUCGAAAUAAAAAAAGUUUGUAUGAUCAUGCCAUUUUAUCAGUAAAGGAAACUGGGUAUUGGAGAAGGAGGGAUUUAUUUUCAAUAAUCGUAGUAAUGCAUCAAUCCAUUAGAAAUAUAUUUAUUUGAAUGUAAUUUAUGCUAUUUUACUAAUUUAUCAAUUAAAUGAAGUAUAUUAGCAGACCUCUCAUAUAUACGUACAUACUCGUACUCGUAUAUAUACUUUACCUUACCUUGAUUUUAUUUA